AUGGAUCCUCUUUCCACCGCCGCAAGCAUCAUCGCCUUGAUACAGGCAUCGGCGGCUGUUGGAAAAGGAUUAAAGAUACUCCUCUCUCUUCGUCAUGCUCCGGCGGACUUUUGCGAGCUCGUUGAUGAGUUGACAGCCCUUCAGGGUGUUAUCGAGCAGGUCAAGAGCCCGCUUCAGGAAUUGGGGAAGGGAGAUGUUGCUCUUCCGGUGUUGAACGUCGCCCCGACGCUGGCUUUGAAACAGGAUCUAGAGAGUAUACAAGAGGAGUUGCUAGCUCUGUGUCAUCGUCUCACGGGAACAAAGUCUGGCGAUGAAAUGAGCGGGCAACUUCGAGUCUCAAUGUCGAGGUGGAUCCGAGAGAGAAGUAAUGUUGCCAAGCUGAGAUGUAAGGCAAGCAAGACCAACACAUCUCUAAUCCUUUGUUUUGGCGCUCUCAUCUCCUCACAAAGCUCCCAUCACGCCAGGGCCAUAUUGGAAGUUCGCCAGCUCAUUGAGGCUUCUUUCAUGACUUUGGAAGAGGAGGGCAGGAUACAUCGACAGAUGCAAAUCAUGAAUCAAGCCGACUUGAACGAUAUCAAGGUCUCUCUCAACCAGAUGCUUGCCAAGACUUUGCAACCAGAGGACUCGAUGCAAGGAAGAGACCAGCCUUCGAUUGUGAUGAGCAACGGUCUACGCUACAUAAAGACCGGAGGUAUCCCCUUUGGGUCAGUCCAGAAACCAGUCGGCCGAAAAUGCACAUCGUAUUGCAAAUGUCAAUGCCAUCGACACUCUAGGCUACAGACACCGACAUGGCUACGCUUGAUAUUGGGGACCCUAUUCCUCGAAUUCAAUAGAAAAUCACUGCUGGGGCCCAGAAAGUGCGAUCUUGAGACGUGUGAUGGAGCACCGGAUUCGACACGGAUGAUAUACAUCUUUCCCCAGUGGUUCCUCUUGCGUGCCCUGUUUGUCGCUGCUUCACGGGACAGUCUGACCGGAAUCGGCUCUUCGAUUCACCUCCGUAUCCCGCGAAUAAUCCCACGCGACCAGAUGAUAUCGAUUGUGUAUAACUUCGACAUCGAUUGGAUAAAAAGAGGAAUCAUCAACUCAACUGUACUGCCUACAGAUAUAGAUGAGGAUGGGAACUCGCUCCUUAUGAUAUCGCUACGCGACGUCAACUUGACGCUUUCGGAAUUUCUGGUCGAGCAAGGAUGGCCGUUGCACACUGAAAAUGUUACUCGCUGGACCGCUGCCAGCCGCUCUCGCAUGCUCUAUUAUGCGGCGAAGCAAAGCCAGAUACAGUCUCUCAAGCCCGAGCAUGGUCGGAUGCUCGAGCAAUUGACGUUUUCUCAAGAGGUUGAAACAUCAUCCUUGAUUCACGAUGCGAUGCUCGGGACCGUCCCGACAUCUUUGUCAGACGCAAUCACGCUAGCUCGUUCUGAUAUUGAUGGCCUGGAUAGUUACGGAUGGUGUCCGCUGCACUGGGCAAUCUAUCUGGCCGAUUACGCUUCGUUCGAUAUGCUGCUGUAUCGCGGUGCGAGUCUCGAGACGACUACCAGGAACGGGUGGACACCUCUGCAUUACGCAGCGCGAUAUGAAUCUCCUGGUUCGGUGAGGAUGACUAAAGCACUACUCGACGCUGGUGCGAACGUUGAUGCCAAGAUCGACAACUACCGUGGGUCCAAAGGAGAGACCGCAAUCAUGUUCGCGUUCGACAACCCUGAUGUUGUAGACUUACUACUGCAGAGAGGAAGUGCUCUGGUGGUUGAGACCGACACAAACUGGGUGUGCCCGCUCUCGUACAGGGCUCGCCGUACAAGUAACGUCUCCCGUUGGGAUCCGAGGAGGGCCUACUGGGAUCGAUCUCUCGACUUGCUCUGCAACGCCGGCAUGGACCUUAAUGUACCGUCCAAACAGAGGGGUUUCGAAGGCAGAACACCCAUCCACGACACGAUUCUGUGGCGCAAUGCAGCGUUGUUGGAGCUCCUGAUUCAGCACGGCGCCAGACUCGAUGCCGUCGACAAAAAGGGGUCCGGGAUGCUCCACUUUGCGGCCCAGAGUGCAAAUCAGGAGCUCAUUGACAUUUUGAGCGAUGCUCGUAUCCGCGGAUUGAACCCUGAUCAAGCAAACGCGGCUGGCGAUACUCCGAUGAAGAUUAUGACCGCCAGGCUUUAUAGCAAGGAAGACUCUAGACAGCCGGGCGAGACGGUGCCGACAUUCGACGAGUGGUUGGCUUUUAAGAACAUAUUAGAAGAGAUUCGAGAACGCAAUCUCGAGGACUUCUUGUCGGGACGUAAAUGCAUGGACAUUGUCGAUGAUGUCAGCUCCAGCGGAAUUUCGAGCAGCACCAGUGACGAUGUGGAUUAG